AUGCCCGGCAAGGAAGUGAAAAAGGCCGCCAAGCCCGCUGCCAAGACUGCUGCCAAGACUGCUGCAAAGCCUGCUGCCAAGUCUGCUGCAAAGCCUGCUGCCAAGCCAGCUGCCAAGCCAGCUGCCAAGCCAGCUGCCAAGCCAGCUGCGAAGACUGCUGCCAAGCCCGCUAAGAAGCCCGCUGUGAAGCCCACUGUCAAGCCUGCUGCCAAGGCAGCCGCGCCCUACAAGAAGCCUGCGGCCAUCUCACCUUUUGUGGCGCGGCCGAAAAACUUUGGUAUUGGCCACGAUGUUCCGUACGCCCGUGAUCUUUCUCGCUUUAUGCGGUGGCCCACGUUUGUGACGAUGCAGCGGAAGAAGCGUGUACUGCAGCGCCGUCUGAAGGUGCCGCCCGCGCUCCACCAAUUUACGAAGGUGCUUGACCGCUCCAGUCGCAACGAGCUGCUGAAGCUGGUGAAGAAGUAUCCUUCCGAGACGCGCAGGGCCCGCAGGCAGCGCCUGUUUGACGUGGCGACUGAGAAAAAGAAGAAUCCAGAGGCGGCGUCCAAGAAGGCCCCGCUCAGCGUCGUUACCGGUCUGCAGGAGGUGACCCGCACCAUUGAGAAGAAGACCGCACGCCUUGUGAUGAUCGCGAACAAUGUGGACCCCAUUGAGCUGGUGCUGUGGAUGCCGACUUUGUGUCGUGCCAACAAAGUCCCAUACGCGAUUGUGAAGGACAAGGCACGUCUCGGCGACGCGGUGGGCCGGAAGACCGCCACGUGCGUUGCAAUCACCGAUGUGAAUGCCGAGGACGAGGCCGCUUUGAAGAAUCUCAUCCGCUCUGUGAAUGCACGCUUCCUGGCCCGUAGCGAUGUUAUCCGUCGCCAAUGGGGAGGCCUGCAGCUCUCACUGCGUUCUCGAGCCGAGCUGCGCAAGAAGCGUGCCCGCAACGCCGGCAAGGAUGCUGCCGCCGUAAUGUGA